AUUUUCCCUGUAACAAACCUACAACACAACUCUCUCUCUCUCUCAACCCCUCGACGGCGAAGUCGCCGGGAAGUCCACUGCCCUCUCUCUCCCUCUCUCUGUAGAUGUGUAUAUCUAGGCACAACCCUACAUGAACACCUUCUCCCUCCGCACACGUUCCACUUUCCUCUCCAACCCCUUUCUCCCACUCCAACGCACCAAAAACCCUAACCCCAAAACCACCAACCGCCUCAUCUCCAUUCUACCCCACCUCAAACCCUCAAAUCCUAACCCUAAUCACAACCCCACCGAUUACACCACCAUUUCUGCCCUCCUCUCGAACCCCACCUUCCCGCCCGGCCCACCCCUCGAAACCGCCCUGGACCGAGCCGGAAUCGAACCGGGUCCGUCCCUGUUACAGCGGGUUUUCGACGAUUUCGGUUCGUCUCCUAAACAAUUGUUGAGUCUGUUCAUAUGGGCGGGAAAGCAGCCUGGGUGUUUAUCCACUGUGGGCAUCUUCAAUGCCAUGAUCAAGGUCCUUGCUAGGGCAAGAGAGUUUGAGGCUGCUUGGUGUUUAAUACUUGGCCGGAUUAAACGGGGACUUGAGGGACCUGAUGCGGAUACUUUCGCCAUUCUUAUUAGGCGGUAUGCUCGCGCAGGUAUGCCCUCACCUGCGAUUAGAACUUUGGAAUUUGCAUGCAGUUUAGACUUGAUUCAGUGUUCGAAUUCAGAACUGAAUUUGUUUGAGAUUUUAUUGGACUCCUUUUGCAAGGAGGGACUUGUUUGGGAAGCUUCAAAAUAUUUCAAUACUAAAAGAGCGACAGACCCUUCUUGGGUUCCAUCAAUUCAUGUUUACAAUAUUCUAUUGACGGGGUGGUUUCGAGCAAGAAAGCUUGAACUCGUAGAAUGUCUUUGGGAUGAGAUGAAAAGUAAGAAUGUGAAGCCUAGUGUUGUAACAUAUGGCACCCUUAUUGAGGGUUAUUGUCGGCAGUGUCGUGUUGAGGUGGCAAUUGAAUUAUUUUGGGAGAUGAAGAGACAGGGAAUUGAACCAAAUGCAAUUGUUUAUAAUUCAAUAAUUGAUGCGUUAGGGGAAGCAGGAAGGUUUAAGGAGGCAUUAGCGAUGAUGGAACGGUUUCUAGUUUUGGAAUCAGGGCCCACUAUUUCCACGUACAAUUCCCUCGUUAAAUGUUUUUGCAGGGCUGGAGAUAUUGAAGGGGCUAAUAAGGUCCUUAAGAUGAUGAUUAAUAGGGGGUUUAUGCCAACCAUUACAAUGUAUAAUUACUUUCUUCGGCACUACGUAAACUUAGAGAAAUUUGAAGAGGGGAUGAACCUUUAUACCAAGGUGAUGGAAUCUGGAUACAUCCCUGACCAGUUCACUUAUCAUAUUUUGAUGAUUUUGUUGUGCAAACAGGAGAGACUGGAUCUUGCAAUGCAAGUUAGGAAGGAAAUGAAAGAUAGAGGAUAUGAUUUGGACCCUGUUGGGUGCACUAUGUUGGUCCAUUUGCUAUGUACAAUGCAUAGAGUCGAAGAGGCUUUUCUAGAAUUGGAGGACAUGAUGUGGCGCGGAAUUGUUCCUCAUUCCACAACGUAUCAAAGAAUGACCUAUGAACUGAAGGAACAAGGGAAGAUUGAAAUGACCCGAAAACUAUGUGAUAUGAUGACCGCAACCCCUCACUUAAUAAAGCUGCCUAGUGCAAAUGUCAGAGAUGAAGACGGUUCACGUGCAAGGAGAACAUCUAUAAUCCAGAAAGCCAAAGCAUUGUCUAAUACGUUGAAGACAUGCAGAGAUCCGAGAGAACUUGUUAAGCGUAGAAAACCAUCGGUGGUUGCACAGUAGUUGGUGGAGGAUAUCAAGAGAAGAGGAAGCUUGUUGUGAUAUCCUGGAUUUGUAAAAGAUAAAGAGCAAGUUCUCUAUAUUUGUGAUUAUGCGGCAGACCUCCUAAAUAGUCUCAUACAAAUGAGUCAGCAAGAGGGCACCCUGGAACAACAAGGUUCCACCAAUAUCUUGGACUUCUUGGAUUUCAGAUGCGUUCUGUAAUGAAGAGCAACGGUACUUGUCUUGAAAGCUUUUGUUAUGCAUUGGGGUGAUAUUUCCCCGUCUUUUAGGCUCUCGUCAGUAUGGUUUAGGUUGGAUUGGAAGAUAUCUUUGAAAAGAGGAAGAAAAAAAUAUAACAGAAAGGAUGGGGCAGUUUCGGCAUGUGGGGACCUGGAGUGCAGAAUAUUGAAUGGACCAGAGUUCUUCCAACCGUAUGGGGAUAUAUCUAUAGCGUCAAUAACCCGCUGCCUGUGGUUAGAUUUCAGGAAACGGAGGAGGAAUUAGUAGUGUUCCUUUCAGAACCCUUUUGGUUAAGUUCUCAUUAGAGCAGUUGACAUCAGGGAUAAUUACGUAAAGGGACGUGUAUAAGUGAUUUUCCUUAAGGAUUAUUUCUAAUAUCAGCCACUGGAGUGUUGUAUUUGUGGAUGACCCUCAGAGAUAUGCUUGAAGGUUCUGGAAAUUGUGAAGGUGUUGUAUUUCACAACGGUAAUCUUUGACAGAAUCUGUGAAAGGAUAUCUUUAUGUAUUUCCUCUUGCUUAUACUUACAUUUAUGAGAAAACUUUAAAAUCUUAGUUAACCAAGCAAGGGUCCUACAGGUAUGCUUCUGGAGCUUUUGAAAAGGGAUGAGGUCUGAAGGACAAAAUUGCUGAAGAUUGCUGGAAGGGGUGAUUGUCUUUUAGUAGGCGGGCAGGUCUGUAAGGAGCUACUUUAUUUUCCAAAAAACAAAAAGAAGUGUGUAAAGAGCUAACACCUGUUAGUGAGAAUGUAAUUGUACCUCUUUGGGCAUUAGCAGUGGAAGCUAAGGUAACGACAUUGAUGAAAAUUUUUGGUUGAUAAUGCACGUACUUGUAAACUAUGGCUACAUGAUCUUGACCUAUUUUAAUAAAAAGCGGGCAUAAAAAAAAGCAACUGCAGGGCUUCUGUAUU